AUGUUACUUUUACUAAUCACUUUAUUACUACUUGUACAUAUUCCGGUAAUGGAAGUAACAACCUUAGCACCAAAUCAUGUUGCUAUUAAUCCGAAACGAAAAUAUAUUGAUGCUGAUACAUCAUGGUUUGAACCAGAUAAGCAUGAUGUACAAAAGAUAUCAUUAGAUGCGAGUAAUCCGGAAAAGGUAAUCCUUAAUUUGAUUAACUCCGACAAACAAUUAAGUGCAUCAGCACAAGGUAACAUGGCAGCAGCAGAAAGUAAUGGACAACGAGCACAAGUACAACGAUUUGGUGAUAAAGGCGGUAUUGCACAGGUUGAAGGGCAUAAAGGUCAGAUAAAAACUAAGGAAGAUGGCGAAGGACUUCAUGCAUUCUUGAAAGCUGAUGGGAAAUACACGUUAGAUACAGCAGCCCGCGGUUCCCUGAAAGAUCCAAAAGAUACAGAUUUUGCAGCUAACAAUGAACGAUUUGAUUUCGUUCUCAAUCCACAGAGUCAGAAUGAAAAUGAAGGUACCGGUACACUUUCAUAUACUGACAAGGAAAAACGGAAAAACGGUAAAUAUGCAUAUACGAUAAAAAAGGAUAAUCAUAAAGUCGAUGCUUAUCUAUCAGCUGAUACUGUUAAUGAUAAGGACGAAUUUUCGCAGUCAUUAUUUGGAAGACGGUCUGAAAAAUAUCACUGUACUGCAGAAACACCAGGUAUCUCACAAUGUUAUGAUGCACAAGGACGCAGUGUGGGUAAAGUUGCAGCUGAUAAGUCCGGUAAUACUAUCAUUUACAAUGAUAAGGAUGUACCCAUUGCCACAGGGAGUGUGCAAAAAAUUAACAACCAUUCUUAUCAAGCAGUAAUUAGCAAGAAUUUAUUUAUUGCAAAAUUGAAAGAUGCUCGAACAUCAUCAUGUUGUCGAGAAAUUACUGGAAAAAAUUGUACAGAUCCUAUUAAAUUGGCAAAUCCAUCAUUUAAUCAUCCAUCGGAACGUGAUGGUGAUACGUUAAAAUUAACGUGGCCUGAUUGCGUGGAUAUGUCCAUAGAUGUAACAUUGCCACCAAAAGUCCAUAUUAAUCGCCUUGCUAUGAAACUUGACGUGAUGAUUCAACCAAUUGGGAAGUUACGUUGUAUGGACGUAGCAACGUGCGGCCGUGAAUGUUAUUACUGCGAUUGGUGCAAAAAUACAAAGAAAUUGAAGCUGCUAGAAAAUACUGAUGGUAAUUUGUGUCGGGCAACCGAAGAGCGUACUUAUCGAUUAACUGUUAAAUUAUGUCCACCACCAGAAGAUCCGUUAUUUACGCUUUGUUCCGCAUUUUCGAAAUCGGUAUGGCAAAAAGAUUAUUGGCAAAAGCAAGGUGCUGUUGACAUUUGGAUGAAGUUUUACGAAAGAAGCGAAACAAGGGCUGAGAUAAGUUAUCAAUGGUUUUUAUGUAAUCUGUAUAUUUAUACUACUAAACUUAUCAGUUGCUUCUCAUUUGAUUAA